CUCUACAACUACAUCUAUGCUAAGAAGUAUGGCGGGAGCUUCAUCUUACGCAUUGAAGACACAGACCAGAGCAGACUGGUGCCGGGAGCUGCAGAGGCUAUAGAGGAUAUGUUGGAGUGGGCUGGUAUCCCCCCAGACGAGAGUCCCCGUGGAGGAGGCCAGUACGGUCCCUACCUCCAGUCCCAGAGGCUGUCCCUGUACAGCCAGGCUGCUGACUCCCUGGUCCAGACAGGGAAGGCCUACCACUGCUUCUGCAGCCAGCAGAGGCUGGAAUUACUGAAGAGAGAGGCCCUACGCAGCGGACAGACACCGCGGUAUGACAACCGGUGCAGACACCUCCGCCCAGAUCAGCUCGGGGAGAAGCUGGAUCAGAAGGUCCGUGUGAUCAGGUUCCGACUGGAGUCUGGAGGGGAACCCUUCAACGACCUGGUCUUCGGAUGGAACCGGCACGAGGUGGCCCAGGUUGAAGGAGACCCUGUCGUGUUGAAAGCUGAUGGUUUCCCCACCUAUCACCUGGCUAACGUGGUAGACGACCACCUGAUGAAGGUCAGCCACGUCCUGAGAGGAUCCGAGUGGCUCAUCUCUACCUCCAAACACCUGCUGCUCUACAGGGCUCUGGGCUGGAAGCCCCCGGUGUUCGGACACCUUCCUCUCCUCCUCAACAGAGAUGGCAGUAAGCUCUCUAAGAGACAAGGAGAUAUCUACAUACAGAGUUUCCAGAGGAGUGGGGCCCUACCUGAAGCACUACUGGAUAUCACCACACACUGUGGAUCUGGCUUCAACAGUAACCGUGUUGGUCGUAAGAUGGAGGAACUGAUCGCGGAGUUCAACCCGUCCAAGAUCACCACCCACUCUGCCCUGCUAGACCUGGACAGACUACCGGAGUUUAACAAGAUCCACCUGCAGCAGCGUAUCGAUGACGCGGUGCAACGCGAUUGGCUGGUGAGGGAUCUGCAGGUGCGGAUCCAGGAAGUGUACGGGACACAGGUCCAGGAUCAGGAUGUUCUGCAACCAGAUUACAUCACACGGGUUCUACACCUGCGCAAGGGUCAUAUUUCUGCUGUGUCUGACCUGGUGUCCUCAGAGUAUUCCUACCUUUGGGUUCGACCUUCUUUCUCUGACCAACAGAUGACAGCGCUCAGCUCAGAGACACAACACAUCGCUACUCUGGUCAUACGGUUGAUGGAAGGUUUGAAAGGAGGUGAGGAACUGACAGUCGACCAGCUCAGUGUAGAACUGAAGACUCUGGCUAAGAAGACCAGCAACACUAAAUACAGAGAUGUUAUGAAGAUUAUACGACUGGCCCUCAGCGGACUACAGCAAGGCCCCAGUGUAGCGGAGAUGAUGGUAUCGUUGGGGCCCAGUGAGAUCACACAUCGCUUCAACAGAGUUCUACAGCAGCUCUCACGGCAGCACUGAACAUUGUGGCUGCAGGGAACCCUUUUCCCCAUACAGUGCACUACUGUUGUCCAGGGUCCUACAGUGCACUACUGUUGUCCAGGGUCCUAUAGUGCACUACUGUUGUCCAGGGUCCUACAGUGCACUACUGUUGUCCAGGGGCCUAUAGUGCACUACUGUUGUCCAGGGGCCUAUAGUGCACUACUGUUGUCCAGGGGCCUACAGUGCACUACUGUUGUCCAGGGGCCUAUAGUGCACUACUGUUGUCCAGGGUCCUACAGUGCACUACUGUUGUCCAGUGUCCUACAGUGCACUACUGUUGUCCAGGGUCCUACAGUGCACUACUGUUGUCCAGGGUCCUACAGUGCACUACUGUUGUCCAGGGUCCUACAGUGCACUACUGUUGUCCAGGGGCCUAUAGUGCACUACUGUUGUCCAGGGUCCUACAGUGCACUACUGUUGUCCAGGGUCCUACAGUGCACUACUGUUGUCCAGGGUCCUACAGUGCACUACUGUUGUCCAGGGUCCUACAGUGCACUACUGUUGUCCAGGGUCCUACAGUGCACUACUGUUGUCCAGGGUCCUACAGUGCACUACUGUUGUCCAGGGUCCUACAGUGCACUACUGUUGUCCAGGGUCCUACAGUGCACUACUGUUGUCCAGGGUCCUAUGCCGCAAAACGUUUCGCUACGUUGUGCCAUAAUGAAUAUGACCCUGGUUCAUUAUUUUAACUGGUUACCUGAUUCUAACACUGAGGACUGGUUAUCUGAUUCUAACACUGAGGACUGGUUAUCUGAUUCUAACACAGCAACACUGAGGACUGGUUAUCUGAUUCGAACACAGCAACACUGAGGACUGGUUAUCUGAUUCUAACACAGCAACACUGAGGACUGGUUAUCUAAUUCUAACACAGCAACACUGAGGACUGGUUAUCUGAUUCUAACACAGCAACACUGAGGACUGGUUAUCUGAUUCUAACACAGCAACACUGAGGACUGGUUAUCUGAUUCUAACACAGCAACACUGAGGACUGGUUAUCUGAUUCUAACACUGAGGACUGGUUAUCUGAUUCUAACACAGCAACACUGAGGACUGGUUAUCUGAUUCUAACACAGCAACACUGAGGACUGGUUAUCUGAUUCGAACACAGCAACACUGAGGACUGGUUAUCUGAUUCUAACACAGCAACACUGAGGACUGGUUAUCUGAUUCUAACACUGAGGACUGGUUAUCUGAUUCGAACACAGCAACACUGAGGACUGGUUAUCUAAUUCUAACACAGCAACACUGAGGACUGGUUAUCUGAUUCGAACACAGCAACACUGAGGACUGGUUAUCUGAUUCGAACACAGCAACACUGAGGACUGGUUAUCUGAUUCUAACACAGCAACACUGAGGACUGGUUAUCUGAUUCGAACACAGCAACACUGAGGACUGGUUAUCUGAUUCUAACACAGCAACACUGAGGACUGGUUAUCUGAUUCUAGCACAGCAACACUGAGGACUGGUUAUCUGAUUCUAACACUGAGGACUGGUUAUCUGAUUCGAACACAGCAACACUGAGGACUGGUUAUCUGAUUCUAACACAGCAACACUGAGGACUGGUUAUCUGAUUCUAACACAGCAACACUGAGGACUGGUUAUCUGAUUCUAACACAGCAACACUGAGGACUGGUUAUCUGAUUCUAACACAGCAACACUGAGGACUGGUUAUCUGAUUCUAACACUGAGGACUGGUUAUCUGAUUCUAACACAGCAACACUGAGGACUGGUUAUCUGAUUCUAACACAGCAACACUGAGGACUGGUUAUCUGAUUCGAACACAGCAACACUGAGGACUGGUUAUCUGAUUCUAACACAGCAACACUGAGGACUGGUUAUCUGAUUCUAACACUGAGGACUGGUUAUCUGAUUCGAACACAGCAACACUGAGGACUGGUUAUCUGAUUCUAACACAGCAACACUGAGGACUGGUUAUCUGAUUCUAGCACAGCAACACUGAGGACUGGUUAUCUGAUUCUAACACUGAGGACUGGUUAUCUGAUUCUAACACAGCAACACUGAGGACUGGUUAUCUGAUUCUAGCACAGCAACACUGAGGACUGGUUAUCUGAUUCUAACACUGAGGACUGGUUAUCUGAUUCGAACACAGCAACACUGAGGACUGGUUAUCUGAUUCUAACACAGCAACACUGAGGACUGGUUAUCUGAUUCGAACACAGCAACACUGAGGACUGGUUAUCUGAUUCGAUCACAGCAACACUGAGGACUGGUUAUCUGAUUCGAUCACAGCAACACUGAGGACUGGUUACCUGAUUCUAACACAGCAACACUGAGGACUGGUUAUCUGAUUCUAACACAGCAACACUGAGGACUGGUUAUCUGAUUCGAUCACAGCAACACUGAGGACUGGUUAUCUGAUUCUAACACUGAGGACUGGUUAUCUGAUUCUAACACUGAGGACUGGUUAUCUGAUUCGAACACUGAGGACUGGUUAUCUGAUUCGAACACAGCAACACUGAGGACUGGUUAUCUUAUCCUAACAAUAUUCCUAGACUGCAUAUGAUUUCAAUCACACUGGACUUGUAAAGGACAUUCAGUGGAGUUGAACUGGAAAUGUUUGCAAUAAAACAGUUUCUACUAA